AUGGGUCUCAAAGAGGAUGUGGGCAACUUUGCCAUGAAGAUGAUUGGGCCUUGGAUGUUCAUCGGCAUGGCAGUGGCUCACUUCCCGCAAGCCUUCACGUCCAUUGUCUCCUCUGGCCAGUACUCCAAGCUCUUCUUCCCCUCCGAGUUCCUCGCCGUCGCCUUUGGCAAAUUUUGGGCCACCGUCGGCCCCAACAUCAAGGAGGACUUUAAGCCCCGCGUCGUCCCUGUCCUGGAAGGCCGCGUCCGCGACGGCAAGGUCGUCGAGGAGCCCGUCUAUGAGCCCGUCUCUGGCGUCAUCAUGGAGAUUGGCGCGGGAAGCGGCAUGUGGAUGGAUGUCCUUGCCUCCUUUACCGCCGCCGCCGGCUCAGGUGCCGACGGCCCCGCCUCAAACCUGCGCAAACGCAAGACGGAUGGUGCCUCUGGCGGCGGCGGUGUCGUCACCAAGAUUUAUGGCGUCGAGCCCAAUGCGAUUUCCGCGGCAUCCCUGCGCAAGCGCGUCGACGAGAUCGGCCUCACUGGCACCUACGAGGUCGUCCCCGUCGGCAUCGAGCAGGUGACUGACUCGACGGCCUGGGACGGCGAGAUCCCAGAAGGCAGCCUCGACUGCAUCGUUUGCAUUUGCUGUCUCUGUAGUAUCCCCGACCAGGAAAAGAACCUUCAGUACCUGUACAAGCUUCUCAAGCCCGGCGGCCGCUGGUAUAUCCAUGAGCACGUCAAGGCCACACGUGGUGGAAUGCUGCUGCGUCUCUAUCAGGCUUAUGUUGGAUUCUUCCACGGUCUGGUAAUGGGAGGCUGUCAACUUUGUCGCCCUACACUCAAGAAUAUCCUGGCUGCGGGGCCGUUCUCCGAGGUCAAUGUCAGCUCCGCUGCAGACGAUACCCCAUAUGAGGUGAUUCCCUGGGUCAUGGGUGUCCUCAAGAAGUAA